AUGCGGUCAAAGCCUCGCAGCUUGCUGAGCUUGAUCGGGAUCGUCCUCACCCUUGUGCACCUGCAGCGAACGGAGCGGCUCUUUCUUUGUCGAGGCCGUUCCCAGCGUCUUUUUCAAGCUCCAGGGCACAUCUGCUCGAGACAUUGCCUAUUGGCAAGGCGCAAGCUUCUGGAUGACAAAAUCAGCUUGCCACAGCCGCGACCAAUACAUGAUCCAUCAGAGGCUGGAGAUUGGGAGGAGGGGGGUAGUGCCAGUGGGCCAGAUGACGGCCUGCCGCGCUGGUUUCUGGAGUUGAACGUUGCAGGUUUCGAGCCGGAUCUAAAGUUUUACAAUAACUUCAUCGAGGAGGCUUCUAAGAAGGGUGACUUACGAGCAGCUGAACGCUGGCUCCAAAAUGCGAAGAAGGCAGGAGUUGAUCCUGACAAAUUCACUCUGGAGUUGCUGUUCGAGGCGGCGUCUAAGUUCGGAGACCUACAAGCUGCUUCAAGGUACGCUGUGGAGGCGGCCAGACUGGGUGCGGAGCUUGAUGAACCACUGCUUGGGGACCUUUUGCAAGAAGCAGCAGCUCAAGAACGCUUGGAAGUAGCGGAGGUCUUCUUUUCGCUGUGCGGGAAAAUUCCGAACAAAGCAACCAACGAGGCAUUGUUGAGAGCAGCGGCCAGCAGGGGUGACCUCGACGCCGGCGAGAAAUGGUUGCAACGAGCAGAGGUUGUCCCAAGUAUUGAUACACUGCGGAGGUUGAUGAAUGCUGCUGCCUCGGUUGGCAAUCUCUCGAUGACGGAGUUGUUCUUUGAGAAUGGAGUGCAGGCAGGACAAUCAGCUUUAGCACAAGAUUUGCCUUCCUUCAACGUUCUGAUAAAAGCCGCAUCAAGCGCUGGCGUUCCAGAGGCAGCUGAAUACUGGUUCAAGCAAGCAACUGCGCGUGGCUUGAAGCCCAGCUUAGUGACCUACACCACCUUGAUCAAAGCCGCAGCACGGGCAGGGGAUCUUCAGAGUGCAGAGGUGUGGCUGCAGGAAGCGACGAAGGAAGGUCUAGAGCUCGACAUCCAGAUCUUCACGGCCGUGAUGGACGCAGCGGCUCGCCAGGGCAACCUCUCCGCCGCCGAGUCCUGGUUCCAGCGUGCCGACUCUCGCGGUUUGCAGCCGACGCUAGUGACGUUCAACACCAUCAUCAGCGCCGCGGUGAGGUCUGGAGACUUCGUUUCGGCAGAAGAGUGGUUCAAGAGAUGCGAGAUUCGUGGCAUCAUCCCCAACAGAAAGACUUUUAGCAUAUUGAUGAAUGCAGCUGGGCGACAGAACGAUCUGAAUGCGACAGAACAUUGGUUCCAAGUCGCUCUGGCAAAGGGCAUAAGACCCGACAAUGUCAUGUUUAAGAGCCUCUUGAAGACAGUUGUGCAAAGUGGUGAUGUGCCUGCGGCCUCACGAUGGUUCGACACCGCGAAGCAAUAUCAGAUUCAGUUGGACAAUGCCUCAGUGGUUUCACUCGCGCAGACCGCAGCACGUCAGGGGAAGCAUGCCUUUGCUGUGUCCCUUGUGGAGGAUGGACACCGACAAAUGGGACUCAAUUUCAGCAUGAACACGUACAUCAAUCUGGCUCAGAUAACUGCCAAACAGGGAUUGAUGGCUACGGAAUCCUGGAUACAGAUGGCAUCUCAGCAUGGCUUAGGCAGGAACAUUGCCCUGUACAACGCAAUGAUAACAGCUUGUGGGAAGAGUGGCAACGCAACCGGAGCAGAGGCUGCAGAAACUUGGUUCGAUGAGAUCCGACGCGUGGGCCUUCGCACGAAUCUUCAGACCUUCAAUGCCAUCAUCAAUGCGGUCGGUGUGCGUGGGCUUCGCCCAGCAGAGCGCUGGUUUGCAAAGGCCAUCGAGGCAGGGCAUCGUCCAGACAUGGUGACGUUCACAAACAUGGUCAGCAUCGCUUCUCAGAUGGAUGAUGCUGAGUCUGCCGAGGGCUGGUUCCGAGCGGGUCUCGUUGCGGGGAUAAAGCCGGAUGUGGUGAUGUACACUUCCCUUAUUCAUGCAGCUGCCAAGUCAGGCAAGACAGAUCUAGCCGAGCAGUGGUUUCAGGAAGCUUUGUCAAGCGGAUUGUCGCCAGACGUCGUUUGCUACACGACCCUAGUCGAAGCACAUGCUAGAGCUGGAGACAUGGCCAAAGCGGAAGCCUACUUUCUGGAGCUGGAGUCCAUGCAGCGUUUGCCUACACUUCAAACCUACAGCGCGCUGAUCAAUGGGCAUGCCCGACUUGGAGAUGUUGACACAGCAGCCCGGUGGUUCGGAAGGAUGCAGCGCUGUGGGGUUGUAGCCACAGUCGUUCAGUACAACCAACUUCUUAGAGCCUGUGCAGAAGCAUCGCCGAGAGGCCCCACUGAAAAGGCCUUUGCGGAGGAGUUGUUCAGGCAAAUGGUCAGCCAAGGCAUUUCACCAACUGAUGGAACACUCGAGGCCCUCAGGUGGGCGGUAGGUGGUGCACGCUUCAAUGAGAUUCUGCUCCAGAAGCCUGCCAAGCAAAAAAGGGGUUCCGCGAGCCAGGCUGGUCUUUUCCGAAAUUAA